AUGUUCAUCCUACCAUCUCUCUUGAAGGAAGUGGUUAUUUUUGUUACUGUUGUUGCUGCUAUUCUCUUAACCCAUCAUUGUCUAUCUAUCGGUCUAUCUAUCUCAAUCCGUCAUUGUAUAUCUAUCAAUCUAUCUAUCUCAAUCCGUCAUUGUAUAUCUAUCAAUCUAUCUAUCUCAAUCCGUCAUUGUAUAUCUAUCAGUCUAUCUCAACCCGUGAUUGUAUAUCUAUCUCAACCCGUCAUUGUAAUCUAUCAAUCUAUCUAUCUCAACCCGUCAUUGUAUAUCUAUCAGUCUAUCUAUCUCAACCCUUUAUCUUUGUCAACCCAUCAUUAUCUAUCAGUUUAUCUCUGUCAACCAGUCAUUAUCUCUCUCUCUCUCUCUCUCCCAACCUGUCAUUAUCUAUCUCUCCCUGCCAACCUGUCAUUCAUUAUCUAUCUCUCUUUCUCUCAACCUGUCAUUAUCUAUCUCUCUUUCUCUCUCUCUCUUAACCUGUCAUUAUCUAUCUCUCUUUCUCUCUCUCUCUUAACCUGUCAUUAUCUAUCUCUCUUUCUCUCUCUCUCUUAA